UGCAACUGCUUUGGAAAACUGGUGGCGAACGCACCAGCGGCGGCGAGCCCGAUCUCCAUGCUUAUUCCGACGUCGCAGCAACCGCCGGAGCCGCCGAUCAUGGGGUCCUCGCCGACGUCGUACAAGAAGGCCACAGCGGCGCUGGAUGAGGCGGCGAGGGCGAGGCUGCGCGGCCCGUUCUUCGGCGGCACCACGCCGUCGUCCGCCUCCGGGCAGGAGGACGACGACGACGACGGCCUGGUGGAGCUGGUGCACGAGUUCUACAACGGGUACGGCGAAGACGCCGUCGCCAAGGAAGCCGUGGCGCCGCGGCCCGCUAGUGCCACGUGGGUCGACGCGCUGCAGGCGGCGCUGGCAGAUGCGACGGCCGACGCGGCAGCGGCGCGUAUCCGCGCCGAGGCGGAGCGCGCCGUCGUGGGUGCGGGGCCGAACGUCGCUGGCGGUGAAGCGGUCAGGAAGCUCGUCGCCGCCCGGCUCCGUGCGAGAGGGUUCGAUGCCGGUGUCUGCAGAUCGUCGUGGGAAAGAGGAAGCAGCGUGCCGGCGGGCAGCCACGAGUACGUGGACGUGGUGAUCGCAGCCGGCGCGUCGACGUCGCGGUACAUCGUCGAGGUCAACCUCGCCAUCGAGUUCGAGACGGCGAGGCCCAGCGCCGAGUACCAGGAGCUCCUCCUCGCCCUGCCCACGGUGCUCGUGGCGAGGCCGGAGACGUUCAAGGAGGUGGCCGCGGCAAUGUGCGCGGCGGCAGCGGAGUCCAUCCGGGGCGCGGGCAUGCACGUGCCGCCAUGGAGGCGCGCGCGGUACGUGCAGGCCAAGUGGUCCGGCAAGUACAAGCGAGCGGCGGCCGUGGCCGUGGCCGCGGCCGCGCCGUCGGGGUCGCCAUGGGAAGCUGUGGCGAGCAGCACUGCAGCGGCCGAAGCUCGCCCGCGCCGCGGCGUGCCGGCAUCCGGCGGCCCGAAGCAUUGCGGGAUGGAGAUGGGCCGCAGGGAGAUGGCGUUCGGGAGCACGAGGCCGCUGAUGUUCAGAGGGUUGUGACACGCUACUGCUCUGCAUGCAUUGAUGACGUGUCCGAUGCUACGAUCGGAUGAGACGACUGUCAGUUUUUUUGGCCUCUUUGGCUUGCCAGCUGUGAUAAUUUAUUUAUUUUUGUACGUAUCUUAUUUUCUUGUGGAUGGUCUCUAGGCUGUAGGGUUCCUGCUGGUCAGGAGUUGCGUGGAAGUGUAUGUUUUGGGAGGUUUAUCUGAGCAAUGAAAAAUAAUUAAUUGUAAGGCACAUGUUCCA